CUGAAAUGGAAAACGGAGGAGUUGACAACCAUGCAUUUCAUAUGGAUGAACACAGCAGUGAAGUCGCUAUAGGGAAACAAAGACACACACCAAGGAGCAGAAGAGAGGAAGAAGAGGAGGAGGAAGAAGAAGAGGACAGGAAUAAACCGACCUACUGCGUCACUGAUGUCCCUCCAUGGUACCUCUGUGUGUUUCUGGCUCUUCAGCAUUACCUGACAGCGUUUGGGGGCAUCAUCUCCAUCCCUCUGAUCCUCUCGGAGCGUCUGUGUCUGCAGAAUGACAGUCUCACUCAGGGGCUCCUCAUAAACACCAUCUUCUUUGUGUCGGGGCUGUGCACGCUGCUGCAGGUCAUACUGGGAGUCAGACUGCCCAUCCUCCAGGGGGGCACCUUCUCCUUGGUGACCCCUGCCAUGGCGUUACUGUCUCUGCCCGAGCUGGAGUGCCCGGCCUGGACUCAGAACGCCAGCCUCGUGAACACCUCCUCUCCUGUUUUCAUCGAGGUGUGGCAGAGUCGUUUACGCACUCUGCAGGGUUCCAUCAUGGUUGCGUCGGUGCUGCAGAUCCUGGUUGGUUUCUCUGGUCUCAUUGGGUUCCUCAUGAGGUUCAUUGGUCCUUUAACCAUCGCUCCCACCGUGUCUCUGAUCGGUGUGUCUCUGUAUGACUCAGCGGGAGACCGAGCAGGGAGCCACUGGGGCAUCUCUGCUCUGACCACGGUUCUGAUCAUCGUCUUCUCUCAGUAUCUCUCUAGGGUUCCUCUGCCCAUCCCCACAUACAACAGAACCAGGAAACUCCACACCUCCAAGUUCUACCUCUUCCAGAUCAUGCCUAUUCUCCUGGGCAUAGCGGUCUCGUGGCUGGUCUGUUACCUCCUCACCAUCUACAACGUUCUACCUUCAGACCCAGACAAAUAUGGCUACCAGGCUCGCACUGAUAUUAAAGGGGAUGUGUUAGGACAAGCUCCAUGGUUCAACUUCCCUUACCCUGGUCAGUGGGGCAUGCCGACCGUGAGCUUGGCGGGGGUCUUUGGCAUUCUGGCGGGUAUCGUGUGUUCUAUGGCAGAGUCUGUGGGUGACUACCAUUCCUGUGCCAGGCUCUCCGGCGCACCUCCUCCACCCAAACACGCCAUCAACCGGGGCAUUGGCGUGGAGGGAGUGGGGUCACUGCUGGCCGGGGCGUUUGGGACCGGGAAUGGGACCACAUCGUUCAGUGAGAAUAUAGCAGCGCUGGGGAUCACAAAGGUGGGCAGCCGAACGGUGAUAAUGGUGAGUGGAAUUGUUAUGAUGUUAAUUGGAAUUCUGGGAAAGAUCGGAGCUAUCUUCACAACCAUCCCCACCCCUGUAAUCGGAGGCAUGUUUUUAAUCAUGUUUGGAGUCAUAACAGCAGCUGGAAUCUCGAAUCUGCAGACGACUGACAUGAACUCCUCCAGGAAUAUUUUCAUUUUUGGGUUUUCAAUGUUCUCUGCACUUACAAUUCCAAACUGGUUACACAAGAAUCCAAACUCCUUAGUAACAGGUGUUAAAGAAAUCGACCAAGUGCUGCAGAUUCUCCUGACCACACAUAUGUUUAUUGGAGGGUUCCUUGGUUUUUUCCUUGACAACACAAUUCCUGGAACUAAGAGAGAGCGUGGCCUGUUGUGUUUAGAUAAAGAUGACAACCUAGAAGAUACCAGCAGACUGUCCCAGGUUUAUGACCUUCCAUUUGGGAUCAGCUCCUUCUUUUCGAGUCGCUCUUGGGGGCGCUAUAUCCCAUUUUGUCCCUGGAAUGGAGACAGAACUGGAGAAGAGUCUGUUAUCCAAAAUAAUCCCCCAAAAACCAAGUUAAGCAUGGACUCAUAUUUUUGA